AUGUCUAACGGAGAUCCAUCUUCUCAGGCCAAUGGUUCAGAUAACAGCUCAUCAAACUCGCGAUCGAGUCCUGAAAACACAGGCUACACCUUCACCGACGACCCCUGGAUACGAUGGCGCAACACAUUCAGGUACCUGACUUACCGAUUGACAGAAGAGGGCAACCGACAAUACAAGAAGGGGCGUGAUGACCGUUGUGCGGCGACUGAUUGUAAGAGCUGUGAAGACCAAAGGGAUUAUUUGCUGCAAUACAGUCCAAUAGUACGAUUCAUGCACCAGAAGAUCAGUGAUCUGGGAGGCGAUUUGCACAAAGGGAAUAUAAAGUGCGUGAAAUGUGACCGCGCGCAAGGUGGAGGACUCCAUCCGGAUUAUGGGAUCAUGCUUUGCGCGAAUCGACCGGAGCCAUUGGAGGAUACUUUGACUCAUGAGAUGGUUCAUGCCUACGACUACCUCCGAUUCAAAGUCGACUUCGAAACACUUGAUCUACGGCACGCUGCUUGCACUGAAAUCAGAGCUUCAUCUCUGAGUGGCGAGUGUAGGUUUUGGAGGGAGUUCUGGCACAGGGCGCAAUGGAAGGUCACAUAUCAGCAUCAGGAGUGCGUGAGACGCCGAGCGGCGAUAUCAGUGUCCAAGAGACCGAAUUGCAAGGACGACGUUGAGGCUGCCAAGGUGGUGAACGAGGUCUGGGACAGCUGCUUUGCGGAUACGAGGCCUUUUGAUGAGAUAUAUAAGUGA